CCUACCCUGACCUGCGGUUGUCCCAUCAAACAGUUCGAUAUCUGAGUCACUGGCAUGUUCUUGCCAGUCGUUUGGAGAGGCUGGGCUCAGGAUCUGCGCCAUGGCGCUCCGCCCUUUGCCUUAGCCUCAGCCCUCUACUGAUCCGUCUGCUAGGGCGCAACACUGUAAGAAUGUGACAUUUCAAAGCCUAUAUCUAGUGACGGCUUGUUUGACGAUUUACAUGCGCAAUCACCGACCUCUCCGCUAUCGCAACAAGAUAGUCCUCUUCACUGGGCGCACUAAUUUCAUGGUCAGCUGCUCUUUGCGUGUGCAGCUUUGGCUGUUCUACACUUUCCAGAACUCGCGAGAGCACACUGAAUAUGGAUGUUACACUGGAAUCCGAGAUGUCUCCAUGGCUCCUCAUGAAUGAUCCUUGGGAUAAUGAUUCACUGGUGUCUUCCAAAUGCAGCGAAAUUUUGGAUUGGGAAGACGACUGGUGGGGUGGCUGUCCGUGCUGUGCACUGUCUACCAGGUCCUUUUACGUUGCUGAGAAUCAGGCAAACGACCUUUUCGCGGCCGACUUCGCUGAUGAAUCCCACAUGAACGCCGCAGGCCGCACCACCAUGCACCCAUACCGCGACCUUCGAUCUGCGUCCUACGCACGCAAACGCUCUUUCAAGAAAUCCAAGCCUAGGCCCCGAACACGUGGGAUUGCAGGAAGGAAGUGGGAACAUGCGUACUGCCGAAGGGAGAACAAGAGGAACAAAAAAGAAACUCUAAGAUUCGAGAUCUAUGCAAAUCAACGGCGGGAGAAAGUGCACUGGUGGUCUUCAGAGAAUCAAAACAGUAUAGAGUUUGUGAUAUGGGACAUGAAUCUGGAAGAAGAUUUCGACCAAUACAUCGCAGCCAUGUGGGAUGGUGUCGUUGGGUAUGAGGUGCUCCACAAGCAUGCUGAAGUGUUCGAAAAUUCCGAGCUCUACACGGAGACGGGUGAGACAGUCUCGGUCUGGGCACAACGGCGCAUCGCAGAGAUGCGCGCCGUCAAGGAUACUCAAACGCGAACUCAGGCAGCACCUCGACGAACGCGAAUAGGCGUGGGCAGAUUCGAUUAUCAGAUAAACUGCGGAUCACCACUCACUACCAAGCUAUCGACAAAUGCCUACGCCGCGUAUGGUCAUACGCAACUGCGUGCAGCCCUGACACGGCCCACACAAGCUCGACAAAUGGCGCGUUUUAACUUAAAGAUCCCGCCUUCUCCUAGAAUACACAACUACAAUUGGUUUGGGGAGUAUACAUGGCGAUGGCACAGAAAGGCGUCUGGCUGUUGGCAAAUGGGGUAUGGUGAUUGUGGUAAUUUCGCAAUGCCCUGCCCUUGCAGUGAGAGCGGGUGUUUUUGCUACUUUCUUCGAUGCUACUGCGAGAAAUUCGAGGGUCAGGUAGUGCCGGAGGAGCAGCAACGCUAUAGUCUGCUCGAAUGGGCUGGAGCUGAAGGCAGCAGGUUUAUUGAGGCUGACAAGGCUUGGGAGCAAGCUGAAGGACCAAUGAGGGAGUGCGACACGGAUGUUGCAACGGAGAGCGACGGUGAAUGGAGCUUCGUGAAUGAGGACUGUGGUGUACGAUCCUGCUCUUCCGUAGCAUCUUCGGUCGAGUUGAGUUACAGCACGCGCCCCUAGCACGUCGCGUAUUGACUUCUUGUACCGAUUUGAUAGAGUAGGCAUGUUCUGUUCCUUACUUGUGUGUCGCCUCAGACCAAGUUUAUUGUAAAGCUGAUGCUGUGUUUUUAUAUAGCUCAUACGACACGAUCAUUUCCGC